AUCACGCGCGCGUAACACCGCACGAAAUCCAAACAAGAUGUCCGCGAAAUGGUCCACCGGGCUCUGCUCGUGCCUCAGCGAUUGCGAUACCUGCUGCCUGUCCAUUAACUCCCUCACGGGUCAGCAAGAUCGCAUCAUCCAGGGCAAAAGCUUCUGCAACGCCUGCUGCUGCCUGUGCGCGCCCAACAUUCUCGUCAACGGCUGCUGCAUCACCGGCCCCAACCGCACCGCGCUCAAGACCAAGCUCGGGAUCACCGAGUCGGACUGCCUCGGCGACAAGUGCUGCUCGUGCGUGUGCCUCCCGUGCGUGCUGAUGCAACACGCGCGCGAGCUGAAGUGCCGCGGGAUCUACACGAUGGAGCAGAUGAACGGCCAGCUCCCGGCGACGCUCGCGCCGUCAAACAUGACGAUGAUCCAGCACCGCUAAGCGAUCGCGAGGGGUCGCUCGGUCCGAUCGAGUGCAUUAAAUUAAGUUUUAUUCCUUGCGGUGGAUAUUUUCCUCGCGGCGGUCGGGAGCGUCGCGCGCGCCGUGCGCGUCGAUCGCGCGGACGGACGGAGGUCUUUUCUAAUCGUAGAAAAUGUGAGGGGACGGGAACGUCGUCGAGCUCGGCGGCGUCCGCGCUUGAAUUAACCUUGAAUUAACCUUGAACCAGCUGAGCCCA